AUGAUCAGCAAGUCCUUCAUGACCUUUGUCGUCCUGACAAUCUUGAGCUUGCUUGCAUCAGCCGUUUCAUCGCAAUCAGACGCAGGAAUGGAAGCUCGUCAGCAAUUCAAGCGAUUUCGCGGUGAACCAAUUCGAUUCGGCAAACGGGCCCCUCGUGAGCCGAUCAGGUUUGGAAAACGAGCACCGCUAUUUGAGCCAUAUUUCGACUACUAG